AUGAAACCGGGGAGCCGCUGCGUGCUCCUCCGUGGCUUUGGCGCCAUGCAGAAGCGGUGGGCGUGGCACGAGCUGGCCUGCUUUGCGUCAUCGCAAACUGUUAUAAUCUAUUUUUUCUUAUUGUCAACAGAACUGAAGAGGUCCUUGUAUGCACUGUUCUCACAGUUCGGUCAUGUGGUCGACAUUGUGGCAUUAAAGACUAUGAAGAUGAGAGGCCAGGCUUUUGUUAUAUUUAAGGAACUUGGAUCAUCUACCAAUGCUUUGAGACAACUACAAGGCUUUCCGUUUUAUGGGAAACCAAUGCGUAUUCAGUAUGCAAAAACAGACUCUGAUAUAAUCUCUAAAAUGCGUGGUACUUUUGCUGAUAAGGAAAAAAGGAAGGAAAAGAAAAAGGCCAAAUCUCUGGAGCAGUCAGCAAAUGCAGCAAAUAAAAAGGUUAUCCAGGGAGCAACACAAAAUUCAGCCAACGCCCCAGGGACUGCAGCACAGAAUCAGCAGGUGCCUGAUAACCCACCAAACUAUAUCCUUUUCCUUAAUAACUUGCCUGAGGAAACAAAUGAGAUGAUGCUGUCCAUGUUAUUCAAUCAGUUUCCUGGAUUCAAAGAAGUACGUUUAGUGCCUGGGCGCCAUGACAUUGCAUUUGUGGAGUUUGAAAAUGAAAAUCAAGCAGGAGCUGCUCGAGAUGCUCUCCAAGGAUUCAAGAUUACUCCAUCUCAUGCCAUGAAAAUCACUUAUGCGAAGAAAUAACCGGAUGCUCCUGAAAAGGACUUCUGUGGAUAGUUGGGUUUUUUUAGUAUGAUGAUAUUUUGAUCAGCUAGCAUGUUUGCUGUUCUCUGCAGAAAACUUAAGACUUGUGUAAAAUUGCCUCCGUGGCCACGACAGACGUAUGAUUUCCAUGGAUCUACUGGGUAGUAAAUUUUUGCAUUGAAAUACUAAUUUUUAUAAAAUAAAUUCAGUUUAUGCUGUUUUCAAGCCAUGUUUUUCCUCAAAUCUGUCUUAUUUUUGUUAGGCUUGCAGGGCUCAUUCAGUAUAGUGGUUUAACUACUUUUAAGGUGACACUCAUUUCUCAGAAGUGAGCACUGGAAAAAUAGCUGUCUUCCCAGAGCAAAAAGCAUGAGCCAGGAUGCUAAAUGUCAGCAUAUUCAGAAUAAAUGCAACACUCAGUCUUCAGCCUCGUUAUCUAGGGGACAGCUGCUUUUCAGCAAGAACAAUUUUGUCACCUAAGAAAAAGAACUUAUCAUUAGUGGGUUUUUUUUUCGAGGCAUGGGUAGAAAUUGAUUACAGUUUGGCAGCACCAUUGUUCAACUUGGUUUUGUCUUUAUGAUGAUGGCUGGUAAUAGAAGCAGGUCCACAGAAGAAACAUAAAAGAUGAUCUGUUGUCUUCUCUUCUGCUCUUUCCAGCCCUAUUACCACUGAUUUUAAUAAAUGGUUUAGGAAGAGCUUUCUGGCUCUUUUCAAAGACAACGCAGAUGAGCCUGAUGGUCCUUUUUUAGGCAGAUUUUUCCAAAAUACAUAUCCUAAUGCUUCUGGGUUUGUUUAUUGGGUUUGGGUUUUUUUUUUUUUUCAACAUUUGUCAAAAACAUUUUACAGGUUGUGUGUGACAUGAAAUACACUGAGUGCCGUGAAGUAAUCAGAUGUAGUAUUGUGAGUUGUAACUGUACUAAAUAUUUGGGUGCAAAAAUCACUUCAAAAGCUGAAGGGUUUUGUUCAGGUGAUGGAAGACCUAGAAAGAUAUUUUGGGUUAAGAGAAUAAUUAAAUUUACUUAAAAUAUGAUUAUAUUUUUGGUGAAUCUUACAGUAGCUGUUGCAUGAUGUUGGCUAGGAGGAUUGCAAUCAAACCCUCGAAGGUUAAUGUUUGAAAGGAAGUGGUCACGCCGCGCUUGUCGUGUUGCAUCAUUCCUCACUUCUUGAACGCUCCCUCUGUGAGGCCUCUAACUACCCUUUCAGAUAAAGAAGGGAUGGCGUUAGCAUGAUUUCCUUUAGGAGUAGUUCAGGUAAGUAUUGGAGUAGCUGAUCUUUAGGCAAGAAACUACAAGGAAGAAUGUUUUGCUUUGUAGCUAUGUUGCAAUUGUUGAGGUUUUUCUCUUUCCAAAGUUGUGGUCAGUGAGAGCAGGAGGAAGGAUGCUGGAGGCUGUAGCCUUGCCUCUAUGACCAUGGCUCGGUGCAGUCCCUUCCUGUGUUGUGUGGGCUUGGCUGUAGCUGCAGAGCAUCUGUUCCCCCAGUUUGUCUGCUGAAACAAUUGAGAUCUGACUUGAAACUGUUCUGUGGACAAAGUGCUGCACCUUCAGGAAAGCACAAUUUGAUUUUUAUAAAGUCUUGGUAUACUUCUUGGUAUUUUAUAUAUAGUAGUUUUGGCACGGUCACUCAUUUUCUGAGCAAGUGCUGUGUUUCCUUGCAUCUGUAAGCAUAAAACUAGCUACGUAAACCACCUUUUUUGUACAAGACCUGAAAAAUCUUUCAUCUGCUCCCAGAGUACAUUGUAAGAUGAUGCCCCUUCCAGUGUCAACUCCAUUUACUGUUGUAUCUCCCUAUAUGUAUUUUUUUCAUUCUUUUUAGUCAUUUUUUUUUUAUUUCAACAAGUACUCUAAUACUUUCAAGUAAAAACUGUUUCAAUCUGCCUGUAAGGGAGCAAAAGUGGCUGUGUUAUUCCAUCAUGAACCUUAGUUUUUCAUAAUUUUAUAGGCAUGAAGUAUGCUGUCCUUGCAUCCCACUAGUCUGUACAUGAGCAUGCCACCACUCUUCACCUUUAUUCACUUAGAAGGGUUUGCAUGGAGCUGUCUGCAAAGGAGGUUAGCACUGUGUACAGGAGGUGGGAGGAAGGAGUAACAGGCUGGAAGACAGAGGAGAAUGUGGUGAAGUCAGCUGUAAUAGGAGGGUGAUGCUAGAAACUGCAAGAUGCUCCUUGUUUAAAAGAGACUGCGAUUUUGGGUGACAGGUGAUGGCUUCCUCUGUUCUGCUUGUUGACUGCAAGCUGGUACAGCCAGCCGCUAUUCAGGCUACCUCAUGCAUCAGGUAACACUGGUUCUCUGGAGUGAUGUUUGGGGAAUUCCCAAAUUUGCUCCUGGUCACUUUUAAGAACUGACCCAGAACCAGCCUUCUGUAGCCUGACAGCUGUGAUAUGAAUUGCUUACAGUGCAAGAACCCUGGCGGUUGUUCCCUUUGUGUGUGUGUGUGU